GACAGAGACAGAGACUGUCCACUGACUCUGUCACACACACACUGGGGAGCACGGCCGCGGGUUUCGGUUCGUCCACGCUGUGAAAACACGUCGGAACAACUUCGGUGCAGACGGACACACAGAAACAAGCCCACUCUGCUUUAUAUCCCGGUGAAAUGUAGCCGCGAGUCUGCGGGGAAAAGUCGUGUUUUUUCAUUGUAAUGUUCUCGGGUUAAUGUAGUCCCCAAACAGGAGAGUAACAGAGAAACAUUUAUUAUUGCACGAUGCAGCCUUAAACUGUACGCCGAGCUAAAGUGGACGUGGAUUUUCACACCAGCAGUCUUGACAAGAUGGAAAGCAGCACUCCUUAGACGACAUGAUGGGAAAAUGGGAGUUAACAAUGAAUCCAGUGCAGGAGUGGGGUGAGGAGUUUGAGGACGGCGCAGUGUACCGGGUCACUCUGCGUCGGGAGCCUGCCCCGUCUGCUGCACAAACCAGCGACGCAAAUCCGUCCUGCGCUUUUGUCCAGUACCGAACCUGCAAGGUGCGGCGCCUGAAGGCCGCCACCCUGGACCUGCUGGUGAAUCAUCUCCUCGACCCCAGCUACCAGGAGCAGGAUUACAGCAAGAUCUUCCUCUCCACAUACAGAACAUUUACCAGCGCCUCCAAGCUCAUAGAGCUGCUCUUUCAGAGAGAAAGUGCGGCCUCAGACCUGGACAACAGUGAAUGCUAUAGGAGCCCUUUGUUGGCCUUUGUCCAGAUGUGGUUGGACGAGUAUAAUGAGGACUUCAGGGAUCCUCCCAUGCACCUGCCGCUCAGACUGCUGCUGGAUCACCUGAGGAUCAGCUCCGCAGUGUACGACAACAUACACAGCCAACCCAACUUCUGCUCGUUGGCUGGGCAGGCUGAGGCGCUGCUCAAGAAGUUCCAGAGAAAAGAAGCUGAGACGAACGUCAGAUUUUCCCUGGGAGAUCUGGAACAAGAGGAGGACAGAUCUGGUGAUGAAGAUUUCGCAUUUGAAAGCUCUGUAGAUUCAGGUGGUGUCAUGGAUUUCUCCACUGCGGCCAUCGCUGAACAGCUCACCCGACUCGAUUCUGCUCUGUUCGUCAAAGUUGUGCCUUAUCAGUGUCUGGGCUGUGUGUGGUCACAGAGAGACAAAAAGGAGAACAUGUCUCCCACCAUCAGGGCCACCAUUGCCCAAUUUAAUGCCGUCACCAACCUGGUCAUCAUGUCCCUGCUCUGCCAACCUCCAGACCCAACCUCCAGUCCCACUUCCUCCAGCCGGCCUCAAACUAGUCCAGCACAAAGAGCUCGCAUCAUUGAGAAGUGGAUCAGAGUGGCACAGGAAUGUCGUAAUUUGAAGAACUUUUCCUCGCUCAAGGCGAUCCUGUCGGCCCUGCAGUCUAAUGCUGUUUAUAGGCUGAGAAAGACCUGGACCGUGGUGAGCAGAGAUAGCAUGGCCACAUUUAAUAACCUCUGCGAGACCUUCCCUGACGAGAACUGUGUUCUCACCAACAGAGAGCUCCUGGGAGAGGACGGAGGCCAUGCAACUGUGGAUAACAUUUCUCCAAAGAUAUCCAAGCGGUGUCCGAUCCCCAGACAGAUGAGCACCUCCAGUGGCGUUGUCCCUUACCUGGGGACCUAUCUGACCGUGCUCACCAUGUUGGACACUGCUCUGCCGGACUGCGUGCAGGGUGGGCUCAUAAACCUCGAGAAGAGGCGGAGGGAGUUUGAGGUUCUGUCACAGAUCCGUGUGCUGCAGAUGUCCUGUUCGCUCUACAACCUGCCACAGCAUCCCAGAAUUGCUGCAUGGCUGCAGGGAUACAAGCUGCUCACUGACCAGGAGAGUUAUGAGCUGUCGAGACAGCUGGAACCUCCAGUGGACCUGUCCUCGCCAACGCUCUGGAACCACCGCACACUAACUAAAAAACUCUCCAGUCUCCUGACAGUUACUGAUGGAUCUAAGAAAGUGCCUGCUGACCAGAUCAGCGUUUCCUCCUCUGGAUCCAGUGGAUCUGAGAUGGAUGAUCUCUCUUCCCCGAACUCGGCCUGCUCCAUCAGGCUGCAGUGCUUUCACAGCUCAUGCAACAAUGUGUGCGAGUCCUCCUCCUCCUCGUCCUCCUCUUCGUCGUUUUCCCCUUGCUCCUCUGCGGCUUCCUCUCCAGAAUGCCCUACGCCAUCCAGCUGCUCCUCCUCUGACCGCCGGACAGAAAUCUGCCCUCCAUGCUCGUCGCAAGGCGGCGCUCGGGCGAAGCCUCUGGCCUCUCACAAGCGCUCGGUGUCCAUGACCUCCCUGCCCAUGUACAACCGCCAAGCGGCUGACUCGUGCAUCGUCCGGGUGAGCGUUGACCUGUCGCAGAAGAACGGCAACAUGUACAAAAGCAUUCUGUUAACCAGCCAGGACAAAACUGCUCAUGUGAUUCAGAGGGCACUGGAAAAACAUCACCUGGAGCACAUGGACUGGCAGGAGUUCACCCUGACACAGGUCAUCUCCCACGAGAGAGAGUUGCUGAUCCCAGACAAAGCAAACGUCUUUUAUGCCAUGUCCACCGCGGCAAACUUUGACUUUGUUUUGCGGCAGUUCCCCAAAGGCCAGAAGAAACCACUGAAGGCCACGUCGAGCCUCGGGAGAUACACGAAGUAGCGCUGACUCCACAAAUACUCCACUUAAAGGAGCUAAUGGGAAUGUUCCUGUAAAGUUGUCUUGAUUUUUAAAAGUUGCUCUAUAUAUUUUAAUUCUCAGAGAUGGGGCCACACUUUAUUGCCCCCUUUUUUUUAACAUGACGGACUGAAGAUGAUGCAAAAGCACUUUAUGAAGAGGAAUGAAGCAGAAGCUAAAAUACGUCUGGAUUCGAGUUGCUUUAAUUUCCCGAUGGAAUAAACUGGUUAAUAAUCAUAGUAUUAAUCUAAAAAAGAAAAAAAAAAAACUUGAACUCCAGCCCCCAUGCAAGUUUGCUGCCAGAUGUCACUUACAAUAACUGACGGUAUGAAGACACACAGCAGAGAGCAACACACACACACACCCCAACAUCAGUGACCUAUUUUUCCAGGGACGUUGGGGAAAUGACUGGCCCUUUUUUUGUUUUUUACAGCUGGAUGCCAUUAAUAAAACAAGUGUGGAAAAGGGAAUAUGGGUCAGACGCCGUGUGAGGGAUGCACAGUCGCUAAUGAACUCCUGCAGGCGGUGCAGCAGGGUGUCAGACACUUGAGAUGAGAUUCCCCCGCUGUGCUGAUGUGCCGCUGCUGUCAUCUCAGGAGCAGGUGGAGAGAUCACAGCAUUCCUUGAGAGUUUCGGCCCAGCACUCUGGUGUCACUUGACAUCCAUCAUGUGUGUCCCACAGCUCUGACUGGAAAGUUGGCAUUCCUGAAACCAAAGGUGUAACCAUGGCAGCAACAGCAGCAACUUUGAUGGACGUGUGAUGCGAAUCACAACUUUCAAUCGUAUCUUGAUUAGACGAGAAGAAGAGUUGCGUGCGUGUGUGUGUUUUUAGUGUUAGACUUUUAAGAGUUAUAAUUUUGCAAUAUUAUAUGUAAUUAUUUUCACUUUGGUUCCUCUGUGGUUCACUUGAAAUGUGACUUUAUUUGAUUGACACUUUGUGAUGACUCACUAGACUUUAACUUGUGUUCUGAUUGAUUUACUUUCUUUUUCCAAAUUGUAUUUAAUUUGUUAAAUUUUAAAGACGGGAGGUAUUUUCUGAUCAACACUGAUCUUAUUUAAAUGUUGUUGUUUUUUUUUAAACUUAAUUGUAUUUAACAAUGGUUAAGACACGUGAAGCCCGGAUGGUGUUUAAAUGGUUUGAACUGAUUGAUCAUUUCACUUUUCACCAAUUGACAGCUGCACUGUUGUGAGAUCAUAUUCCCAUCAUUCAGGGAGCGUUUGCAAAGAAGAAGAGUUGUACAGUGAACAAGACAAGACAUCGGGAAAUAUGGAGUGCUGUUUAAGGGCAAACAUAAUAGCUGUUGUCUUCGACUCAAUUACUUCCUGUGAGUAAACACUUCCCACUUUUACUUCUCCUGAUAUUGUGCAAUACCCCCCCACCCCCCCACCCCAUGGCAACUUAAACUUGAACGGAUAAAAUAUCUCGGCUUAUAAAGAAAAAUGGUAUAAUGCUCAUGUUUUUUUUUAGCAAAGGUAAAGGUCACUGUUGUAAAACAAAAUGAAUAAACUCACUGGAAAAGAGGCAAUAUAUUUGAAAUGAAUGGAUGAAAUGAACUUCCACCCUUUCUAAUAAACAACUGUUCUUGUUUA